AUGUUGGGACUCAUGAGGCGGGUGUCCAUAUCUGGGAGCAUUCCUACCUCUGUAAGGGACAUGUCCUCGGCGAUCUUUUUAUUGUUUAUUCAUCUGCAUGAUAUUACUUUUCUGAACUGAUUUCUUCUGUUGCUACCAGAUGUUGCAGCAAUCGUUGCAGAGAAUUCUGCCAGGGCUCGCAAUCCUGGAGAGAGGUUAUUCAACACUUGGGAAGGAAGUGAGUUUACUUGAUUUUCUUUUUUCUACUCUAUACCUUAAAUUUCUGUAGCUGGAAACUUUUAAUACUUUGUAACCUAUUGCUCUGCAUUGUGUUCGAGGCUUCUUCAACUUUUGUAGACACAGAACCUGUGUACAUCCAUCAGUAGUGUCCCUUCCGAAGUUGUUAAACAGCUGUGUCAUGUGUAUGCUAGGUUGCAUUGAGACGGGUGUUUCUUGACGCCGUACAUACUGUUUCCGAAUCAUUAUUCUUUUGCAAAUGAAUCUUCGUAUUUCAUUGGUUGGAGGUUAAUGUUAUUAUGAUUUCUUCUCAGCAUAUUAUUUCUGAGUUGUUAUUGUGAAACGGCAUAUUCAAUGCAUUUUUUUUGGGUUCAUUUAUAAUACUAUUUUGCACUCGGUUAUGAGUAACUGUUCUCUCUUACAGAUGACGGUUCGAGAAGCAUUGAACUCUGCAUUGGAUGAGGAGAUGUCUGCUGAUCCAAAGGUCUUCCUGAUGGGCGAAGAGGUAGCCUUCCAUACAAUAAAUUUCCUGGGUAGUUUUCUUUUACUAAGAAUUAUCUAAUUCAUGCUGUCCAUGUAACAGGUUGGAGAGUACCAGGGUGCUUAUAAGGUUUGAUCAUCACUAUCAUAUUGGCAUUAUUGACUUUCUUGUCAUUGAUACUUUCUUUAUCUUUGCCACUCUUUUUAUAUUCUCAUUUGAUAAUUUUCUCUACCUCCAAUUUAUGUAGAUAACCAAGGGUCUUCUGGAAAAGUAUGGUCCUGAAAGGGUUCUUGAUACUCCCAUCACAGAGGUUAUGACAGAUCUUGCUUUUUAAGUCAAAAAUAUUAUUUUGAAUUUUCCAUGCUAUGAUUUUCCUUUCAGUACAAUCUGGUAUCUGUAGAUCCUUCUUUCAAUCUAGCUGCCCUGUAAUUGAAAGCAUAAAGCUUGCUCUAUAUCACACAUCACAUUGCAUUCGACCACCUUUAGUUCUCUUCUGAUGUUAAAAACUACAAUCUGAAUUUUCUGUUUCCUCUUGUUUCCACAGGCUGGAUUUACUGGAAUUGGUGUUGGAGCUGCUUAUUAUGGUCUUCGACCUGUAGUUGAAUUCAUGACUUUCAAUUUCUCCAUGCAGGUUUGUACUGCGCCCGCCUUCUUUUUUAUGAAUUUUCCUCCAUACAUGAGUUUUGACAAUUGAUGUUUUUUUUGGUCUGAUAUUGUGUUAAUCUCCUAUUUUCAUUGAUCCCACUGAGUUUAGAAGAAAAAACUGAGGGACCACUUGUUGGGCAGAUCUGAAAUUUUCAUUCUGAUUCUUGGCUCAAGAUUCUUUUGUCGGUUUAGGAUGAAUAAGUUCAUAUGUAAAGUGCCAAAUGUCUCCCAUAAUUAGUUGGCCAAUGAUGCAUUUAAGGUUAGAAAACCCAUCUUCUAGACUUCAUUAGCUUCAAUUUUGUAACCCUUUCUAGACUUAAAAGUGAGAAAUGACUGACUGAUUUUUUUUUUCUUCUGUGACAUUCUCUGGAAGGUGACUUUGUGGAGAAUGGAAUUAGAAAUUCUAAAAAUGUUUCUCACCUCUGUUACUUGGAAGAUAUGAGAAUACUCACAGGAGUUGACUUUAGAGUGAAGAAAGUAUUGUGUAGCUUGUUAUUAUUUCUUUAGUUGUUUCCUGUCUAAUCGACAUUAGUACUGGGAGGAACAAUGGGAUAAAUGAACUAGUCGAGUCUCUUGGCUUCUUUCGUGAGGUCCUGAUCUGCUUUUGUUCAGGUCUCUCUCUCUUCCUGGUACUCAUGGUAAUUUUUUUUAGGAUGGUUCUUUUGACCUGUUUCCAUAUCAGUUUAUUGGAUAUCCCCUGGUCUUUUGCAGGCAAUGAGUAAACGUUCAAGAAUUCUUGUAGAGAACUUGUAUGAUUUGAGAUUUUAUCAAUUGGCUAGCCAAUGGGGAAGGUUCUGUGCGAGACAAAAUGAGCGUGCAAUGUUUGAAGAGUCCAAAGGAUGGCAGAUCAUUCUGAAUGAGGAAGUCUUGUGGCUGGUGGGGGGUCAGUGAACUGAAGAAUAUGAGAGAGAAUGGAAUAUUACAGAGAUUUACUGCAUCUCCUUCUUUCUUCUUUGCCCUGGGCCUGGCUGCAGCUGCCGGUUUCAAAAUUCUGUCUUCGGAACAUCAGUGCCUGACUUCCAACCUGUGAUUCCCCAACACUCCAUAAUCUUCUGUUCUCAACCUACUAUCUCCAACCUUAAACCCAGUUUCUUGUCUUCCACCUAUUUCCCGACUCCCAUUCCUAUCCUAGGCUUAGAAUAUGUCUUGGUGAACUGUUGGAGAGUGUGAAGAAGAAGAUUGUGUCUUGGCAUGGACAUGAGCGAAGUAUGGCCUGAUGGCUUGCUGCAUAGGUUUAUGUACUAGAUGCUUGGGUCAUGGUUAUCAGGCAAAAUUAUGCAGGGAUUCUGUUGAAAGAAUUUCUUUUGGUGGAAUUUGGCGUGGAAACAAAAUGGUGUUGUGAAAACAGUGCCAAGGGGGUUGAGAACGCAAUUUCAACCCCAACUGAUGGGAAAGUGAAGUAUAACAAAUAUUAUAGUGCUGAACAGAGGGGAAAAUAAUCAGAGUAUAAAGGAAAACGAGGGGAUAAGAUGUAAGUCGAGGUGCAAGCUUCUGCAGCUGACAGUAGAGAUCCCUUGGGAUUAUUUUCCUGGUGAAAAGAAAGGCUAUUUUUAUCAGAGUGGCAUUCACUUUCACGGCCCAACUAUAAGGAGAAAAAUAAUUUAUUGUAAAGAUUGCUGAGGGAGGAGUGGAGGAAAGAAUACCCAUGGAGAGUCAAAAAACUGUGAGAGUGGGUCUUAUCCUGUGGAAUGAUAAACCUCAAUGGAGAUUAGAUAUUGCUUUCUUCUUGUGGGUAUGUUUUAUAACUUUGCAGAAACCAGUGGUAGCUACAGUUUCUAUGCAACUGUGUAUCAAGUCCGGUGCUGGAUGGUAUCCAAAGCAUAGCAUAUGCUUUUGGAUUCUGAGAAUGAUGGAUGGUUUGCAUAGGUUUUCUCAAGCCAGAGUAGAAGUCACUAGGAAUAAAGUGAUAUUGGGGAGAUUUUAGUUGGAGAUGAUCCAAUUAGGCAGAAUCCAGGGACAGUAGACCAAGCAAGACCAUUUACUCUCAUAUUUUUAGAGAAGAAAAAAUCUAACCCAGGAUAGGAUUUAUAAGGGGCCCGCUUCUUUUCUAGCUCGCUGUGUCAUGGGUAUGGCUCAAUAUCGGCAAAAAGAUUCUGCUCUCUUGUCUGGACAUGCGACAUCUGUAUGAUUAUCCCGUAGGCGCCCCCCUUCUGGUUUAGUUUCUGUCAGGUUUUUGGCACUCAACUUCUCAAUCCAAUGCACCAGUAUUUAAUUAAAUAAUGCCUUGGAAUAGGAGGCACUCUCCUUUAUUUUCUCUGGGUGAUAGUCGUUUGCAAUGAAUAAAUUAUCCUGAUUUGGGGUCUCCCAAAUGAGGAUACUUUGAUCCCAUUCAACUUGCUUGUUCACUCUCACUUCGAUUCGUGGUCCAAGCACCUUGAUGCUCUAGUUUAUCGAUGUCUGUGUGCGAAUAUUCUUUGUUAAGGGAUAAAAAGUGAUGCUUAUCCCUUGCAAAUGAACAUCACCCGAAUGACAUUCAGAAGAUCAAUGCUUCCUUCUUAUAAGCCCGAUUGAAAUACAUGAAAAUCAUAGUUGGGUGGGUUUUCCUCAUUUCCCUUUCACGUUUGUAAUAUGCCUGGCCUACUGUCAGAGGCCAUUCUCUCUUGAGGAAUUAGCUUCCUCCCAUUAGAAGUGCCUCUUCCACUUGCUGAAAUUAGAAACGUGUGGCUUUGUGAAAUUUUGCGUCACAUAACUUGUAUCUCGAGUGUGAACAUCUUACAGUUGCCUCGAUCCAAAUGAGCUGCCAAAUGACAUAUACCUUUCUUGGACUGAUCAUGCUGUUAAAUGAUGCUACAAUAUGAUCCAAUCCACUGCGAGCUUUGGGACCGUUGAUAGAAGCCAACUGCUUCUAUAAUCUGCUCCAUUCCUUCCUCAAAUGUAGGAAACUAAACUCCAAAGAAGAGAAUUGUUUUUAGACCUUUUAAUGAAAGCUAAUAAGGUGAAAUGCCGUUCAUAGUAUCUUGCAGCUCGUGAUGAGAAUCUCCCAGCAGGCCUUUAUGUGCUGGUUAUUCGCCCCCCACCCCCUAUCCCCAAACUCCUCCCCCUCUCUCUCUCUCUCUCUCUCUCUCUCUCUCUCUCUCUCUCUCUCAUUGAGUUGCCUUCCACACCUAUCCCAAAUGCUGCAGGAUUUAUUUUUUGGCAUUUGGUUUCCUACCCCCAAUGAGUUCCAAGCAUUCUCAUUAGGUCUCCCAUGCCAUUUUGCAUUAUGCACCCCACUCUAGAUCCCCAACCGCGUUGUCUUUGAUGCCAACAUCGUGUGCCUCCUUCUCGUGCCAAAGAUUCUUUGGAACAUAGCUUGAGCUUUUCUUUCAGGUCCAAAUUUCUUCCACGCCACUCUUUUGUCUUUCCCGACCAUCCUGGGUUUUCUUCCAAGGUCAAAGUCGAUUUAACUAUUGUCACUAUUGUUGAUCAGUUCCUUCGUCCUGAAGGCUCUCUUGAUUCUCCAAAGUUUAUCAGACGUAGGCGUUCCUCCUCUCAUGUUAAAACGGGUAAAGGGCCAGGAAAAUCAGCCUGCAUGCUCACUCCCCAGUUUGUUACCUUUUGUCAGUUUAAAAUCCAUUAUACGGCAUGAAUUCUAGCACAACUAAAUCUGAAGAACUUGACUGAUAAUUUUGAUGCUUCCAUAGCACUGUGUCCCAUCGUCAAUCUCCUGUUUCAAAGAUACUGUCUUGUCAUAUGUUGAGGCUCGGGACUGUUUUGUGUUUGGUUUGUACUUUUGUGGCACCAAAACCUCAUUCAUUUUGAGUGUUCGUGUAGCUUUCACUUGUCAAAUUUUAUCGAUGUGAAUAACGUACCUGACUUGUCACUGCUUUGCAGGCAAUCGAUCAUAUCAUUAACUCUGCUGCGAAGAUGAAUUACAUGUCAGCCGGUAACAUCUCUGUUCCCAUAGUUUUCAGGGGACCAAAUGGUGCCGCCGCAGGAGUCAGCUCUCAGCAUUCUCAGGUGUGGUGAAAUUUUCCUUGCAUUUUGAACUUGCGCGUUUACUCCAGUAGGAAAGGAGCUGAAAUUCUCGUCGUGUAGUGAAGCUUCUUUAACUGCAUAUAAAACCGUCGUGUUCUUGUUUCGGAAUUAAUCAUAUCCUCUGAAACUUCGUCUGAUGCGCCGGUGGGCUCCUAUUGGCUGCAUUUUUAUUCUUUUUUUACAUUUUUUAAAUUCUGUAUUUACAACUUUUCCAGAGCUGCAAUCUACUGAUGCAGUCGAUGUACGGUUCAAACUUUACAUAUAGGGCCUACCACUGUCGGUUCUCUUACUAGUUCCUGUCCUUGGAUUAACUGAUCUAAUACAUGCAGAGUGUAAAUAAACCUCAUGAAAAUGGGGUUAUUAACCUCUCCGCACAGUAUGAUCCUUAUCAUGAAUGUGCAGCAUCUUCCUGUCAAGCACAAUUAAUUACCCGAGAGAUAUGCCCUCUAUUUCUUUUGCUAAACAAGUGAUGUCUGAGGCCAGCAUUAUUUCACUCUGCGAUCUGCAGUGUUAUGGGGCUUGGUAUGCGCACGUUCCUGGAUUAAAGGUUCUGAGCCCAUAUUCAUCAGAAGAUGCCCGAGGCCUUCUGAAAGCCGCCAUCAGGGAUCCUGAUCCUGUCGUCUUCCUCGAAAACGAGAUCCUGUAAGUCUCUCCAGAAUCUCAGGCCAUGAGAUACUUGCUGUCGACCCACCCACCCAUGAAGGUUUCAUGAUUUCAGAACUGAUCUAGCUCUACUCUGCUAUCGCCUUUUCAGAUACGGGCAGUCUUUUCCCAUUUCAGACGAAGUUCUGGACUCGAGCUUCUGCCUGCCCAUCGGCAAGGCAAAGGUAUGUGCUCCAUUCCAUAAGAAUAGGCGUGAGGUGCUAUCAAUGGCGCUCUCCUUCAGAUGGCUCACUCCUAGCCCUCCCAUUGUAGAUUGAGCGAGAAGGGAAGGACGUCACGAUCACUGCUUUCUCCAAGAUGGUCGGCUACGCUCUCCAGGUGUGCAGAAAUUCUUUCGUGAGGGAAUUACUUAUUUUUUCUAAAAAAAAUGUUAAAUGUGGAUCUGUGACUCCUCCGAUCUUGGAGAAAUCAUAAACUCUGUCCAGGCUUCUGGACUCGGCCGAGCAUCUUUCCUUUCCCCUUUUCUUAGGAAAUGCAAAGCUAGUCUCUUGGUUGCUUCUCAUUCCUGCUCCUGGGUCAGCCAGAUUUUUACUAGCGAUGACUGAGACUGUUAGAACGAGCAUCAUCUUCCUCCUGCAUUUCCCCUCUUCGGCCGCGUCGUUUCUGACUUGUGGGUGCUCACUGUUUCUCUGAUCCCUGCCCAGGCCGCCGAGGUGCUCUCCAAGGAAGGGAUCAGCGCGGAGGUGAGCUACUGACUGUCUCGACUGUAAAACCUUGUGCUGGCUUCUACCUGCGGAUUCGCCACCCUUUUUCCUUCCCUCAUCAGCUUUCCUCUCUUCCGAUUAGGUCAUAAAUCUCCGCUCGCUCAGGCCGCUGGACAGGGCCGCCAUCAACGCCUCCGUCAGGAAGACCACCCGGCUGGUCACCGUCGAGGAGGGCUUCCCCCAGCACGGCAUCGGUGCAGAGAUAUGGUCCGCUCAUCCCCUUCUCCUCCUGCUGGGGUUUCUUCUCCUUCUUCUUCUGGGAUUUCUUCUCCUUUCUUCUUCUUCUUCUUCGAGAUUCAAGAGGUCAAGUUCUGGUUCCAGCGCGUCGGUGGUGGAGGAGAGCUUCGAGUACCUGGACGCGCCGGUGGAGAGGAUCGCCGGGGCCGACGUGCCGAUGCCGUACGCGGCGAACUUGGAGAGACUGGCGGUUCCGCAGGUGCCAACCGGAGCCCUGAUUCUCACCGAGCUCUCUCCAUUUUCCGGGUUUCUCUCUCAUCUUCAUCUUCUCUCCGUCAUCUUUCAGGUUGAUAACAUCGUCAACGCCGUGAAGAGGGCGUGCUUCCGAUCCGUCCCCGUCGCCGCCGCCGCCUAG